AUGAUUGUGGUAUCGUUGUCUUUCUGCAUCGACUGGAAGUACCUUGUCAGGUUGUUGGUUUCCGACGUAUCGGGCCAUGUGGCCCCUGGAAAGCUUAUUGCUUUGAUGGGAGAGUCGGGCAUGGGGAAGACGACUCUGCUCAAUUCCUCACAAUACUCACACAACCAGCCCCAUCAUCCACAGGCCGUCACACCAAUGGCAUCAAGUGCGGAAAUUGCAGCCCUGCUAUUCUCGCUCUUGUUCUUUUCAUCAUUAUCUAGUGAAUAUCUUUAUGCAGAAUAUCCGAUCUGUCUGCCACAUCGUCACUUUGCUCAGUAA